AUGCACUGCACCUAUCUUCAAGCUAUUAACCAGUGUGAUGCUGAUCUUUUACAUUUUUGGCAUAAGUUCAUCAAGGCUCCAGAAGGCUCUCUUAGGAAAUUUGAAGUUCAAAAGCAGCUUGCUGAUGCUAUGGCACACAGAACGCACAUUGACAGUAGUAUCAAACUUGUUGGGAAACUUCUCUUUGGAAUCGAAAAUGGGCCUGAAGUGCUAAAGACCGUUCGGCCUACAGGCCAGCCACUUGUUGAUGACUGGGACCGUCUUAAAUCCUUGGUUAGAACAUUUGAGACUCACUGUGGAUCUAUAUCCCAAUAUGGAAUGAAACACAUGCGUUCUAUCAUCUGCAAUGCUGGCAUAAAGCAAGAACAAAUGGCAGAGGCAUCGGCUCUGGCCUGUGCCAGUUUCCCUUCCAGUUCUUGGAGCUCUCUCCACAGGGGAUUUAGUGCUUGA